AUGGGGCCGCCCAACCAGCGCUCGCGGGAGAGCGCUAGGCUCCGCCCCCAGGUGAGCUUGUUUUUCCAGACCGCUCCACUUUCGUGCAGAAACCGCCGCACCGCCGGGCCCAACGGCGCGCACCCCCGACAGGCCGCGCCCCCGGACAGCCAGCGCCCCGCUGCCGGCGCUCGUUGGGCCUCGCGUCGGGACGGGAGGCGUCGGGACCGGAGGCCGGAGCCCCACUCGGAAGCCCGCGAGGGAGGUCCUAAUCUGAAGGAGUGGCUGAGGGAGCAGUUUUGUGACCAUCCGCUGGAGCACUGUGAGGACACAAGGCUCCAUGAUGCAGCCUACGUGGGGGACCUCCAGACCCUCAGGAGCCUGUUGCAAGAGGACAGCUACCGGAGCCGCAUCAACGAGAAGUCUGUCUGGUGCUGCGGCUGGCUGCCCUGCACACCGCUGAGGAUCGCGGCCACUGCCGGCCAUGGCAACUGUGUGGACUUCCUUAUCCGGAAAGGGGCCGAGGUGGACCUCGUGGAUGUAAAGGGACAGACCGCCCUGUACGUGGCUGUGGUGAACGGGCACCUGGAGAGCGCCCAGAUCCUCCUGGAAGCCGGCGCCGACCCCAACGGAAGCCGGCACCACCGCAGCACCCCAGUCUACCACGCCUCGCGUGUGGGCAGGGCUGACAUUCUGAAGGCCCUCAUCAGGUACGGGGCUGACGUUGAUGUCAACCACCACCUGACUCCUGACAUCCGGCCCCCUUUCUCGCGGCGCCUCACCUCCCUGGUGGUCUGCCCCUUGUACAUCAGCGCAGCCUACCACAACCUCCAGUGCUUCAAGCUGCUUCUCCAGGCGGGGGCGAACCCCGACUUCAACUGCAAUGGCCCCGUCAACACGCAGGGCUUCUACAGGGGCUCCCCCGGCUGCGUCAUGGAUGCCGUCCUGCGCCACGGCUGCGAGGCCGCCUUCGUGAGCCUGCUCGUGGAGUUUGGAGCCAACCUGAGCCUGGUGACGUGGGACUCCUUGGGCCCAGAGUCGAGAGGCAGAAGGAAGGUAGACCCCGAGGCACUGCAGGUCUUUAAAGAGGCCAGAAGUGUCCCCAGGACCUUGCUGAACCUGUGCCGGGUGGCUGUGAGAAGAGCUCUUGGCAAAUACCGACUCCAUCUGAUUCCCUCGCUGCCUCUGCCGGACCCCGUAAAAAAGUUUCUGCUCUACGAGUAGAGCUCAGAUGCAGCGGUCGACUGCGCGAAGAGGAAGGUGACUGGUGAAAGCGGACACCCGGUCCUGCCCCUGUGAACCAACCACCCCCUGUCCUCUGACCAAGUCCCA